AUGGUCACGACAUUGAAGAGGGAGCUCCAGGAUAUCGUUCAGUAUCGCAAUGCCUACUUCCUUGCGUUUUCGGCGACCACAGGAUACGUCUGCUUCGGAUGGGACAUUGGUUUAAUAGGUGGUGUGCUCGCAUUGCCGUCAUUUCAAGAGUAUUUUGGUCUGCUCUCGGAAUCAGCGUCUGCACGUGCCAGCUUGAGCGGAAAUAUUGUUUCGGUCCUGCAAGCAGGCGGAUUUUUUGGGGCAUUAUCUUCGAGUUACUUUUCGAGUCGAUUUGGGAGGAAGCCUAUCCUGUUAGCUUCUGCAAUCAUCUACCUCAUUGGAAGCAUCAUCCAGUCAACGACCGGAAUUGGAAUGUCGCCAAGUGUCGGACUGAAAGUCUUGUACUUCUCUCGUUUCUUCAGUGGCGUCGGAGUCGGUUUGAUGUCAGCGCUGGUGCCGUCGUACGUGUCUGAAUGUGCGCCGAGAGCUAUACGCGGUCGAUGUACAGGCAGCAUCGAAGUCGCUGUGGGAUUGGGAAAUAUGCUGGCUUUUUGGGUCAACUAUAGCGUCUCUCUCAACAUUUCACCAGGAGAAAUGCAGUGGCGCUUGCCAUUCAUUGUCCAGAUUAUACCUGGGGCACUCUUCCUGUUUUUUAUGCUUUUCCAACCCGAGUCUCCCCGUUGGCUUGUCGAACAUGGCCGCUACGAGGAAGCAGCUGCAGCCCUCGCAUAUAUCACGAGGAAGAAACCCUCUGAUGAUGCUGUCGUGCUCACUCUCAGCGAGAUCCGUGCUGAUUUCGUUGGGAAGCACAAACUGUCGUUGCUCGCACAAUUUCGCAAGAUGGGAGAAUCGAAAGUCAUAGCUCUGCGCUGCAUCAUCCCUUCUAUCGCCACCUUCUUCCAGCAGUGGUCCGGCACGAACGCGAUCAAUUACUACAGUCCUCAAAUAUUUGCCGGCCUCGGUUUUUCAUCUACUUCCUCGACCUUAUUUGCCACCGGUAUCUAUGGUGUCGUCAAAUUUGUUGCGACAUGCAUAACUCUUGCUUUCGUCAUCGAAAGUUGGGGUCGGAAGAGGACUUUGAUUUAUGGCGGCGUAGCGCAGGGUUUGAUGAUGCUUUGGAUUGGUGGCUACACUGGUGUCCACCCAAAACAGGAUGUUGUACCAGCAACCUACGUUUCUAUUGUCGCCGUAUAUCUCUACGGCGUCUUCUUUUCUCUAGGAUGGGGAUUUACUCCCCUGGUCCUCGGCUCUGAAGUUGCCCCAGGCCAUCUCCGUACGGCCGUUAUGUCCCUUGCAUCCGGAAUGACCUGGCUGUUCACCUACGUCAUCACCCAAAUCACGCCCACCAUGCUCGACCGCAUAACCUAUGGAACGUACCUUGUGUUCGGCGUCGCUUCAUUUAUAAUGGCAGUAUGGGUGUAUAUCUUCAUACCCGAGACGACUGGAUACCCAUUGGAAGAUAUCAAAUAUUUGUUCGAGCAGGACAUCAUUGUUCGCUCGCUAGAAGACGCCCCUGGGGGUUGGAUGUUCCUUGGGAGCCGCCGCGCCGUCUCCGUAGAAGAGCUGAAAGCCCUCGAUGCACUUCCGCCGAAUAGUCCCAAGGAGAUUUUGGAGGAGUUGAGGUCGGGCUCGGAGGAAGAGUCCGCACAGGGUCAUUCCCUUAGAAAUUCACAAAAGUUGGAGGAUCCUCUCAUCAUAUGA